AUGAAACUUCCUGAAACAAAUAAAACGUAUAUUAACUGGAAAGAUUAUAUCCUUUUUAGAAAAAUUUUUGAAUCGUUGCAAAUAUCUACACAAAUUUCUGAAGAUAUUAUUAGUUUCAUUGUGCAGAAUCCUGUUCACGUAUGUGUGGAACGCAAUAAAUUUAUUAAUAUUUGUCAGAUAAUAAGAGAACUUUUUAAUAUUAUGUCUUCUAAUGAUUCUUGUAAAAACGGUAAAUGUUGUAACUAUAUUAACUACUAUAUUAGAGAACAAAUUAAACAGUUUUUCCCUUUAAAAGUAAAUGAUAUUUUUGAACAUUUUAAGAAAUAUGUUGAAAGUAAGAAAACUAAUGAAUCUUAUAAAACAUGUAUGCCGGAAAUAAAAUAUAUAGAAGAACAAGAAUUUGAUAAAAUGAAUGAAUUAUAUCAGCUAUAUGAAUAUUAUGAAUCUAUUUUAAAUCCGGACUCAGAAGAUAAUAAUGAUCCUAAUGAUUGCACAGAAUUAAAAGAAUUCAUUGAUGAAUAUAAUGAAAUUAUCGGAAAACAUAAGGAAGAUAUACAUUUCCACAAAGAAUUAAAUAAUCUCAGAUGCUCAAUUGAAAAUAAUGAUUUAUAUAAUAAUUGCAAAAGUGAGUUAAGACAAAUAUCAAAAAAUGUAAUUAUUCAAAGGGAUAAAAAUAAUUGUAAUGCAUUUGUAGAAAAACAAUAUUUAAAGGAAUAUUCAGAAAAAAACAAUACGUACUUUAGUGCAAGUACUUAUAUUCCACAUGCUAAUAUGAAUGUUAUAAUACCAACUACACUUAGUAGUGUAUUUUUAGGAAUAGUACUUUAUAUUAUCUAUAAGUUUACUGCAUCAAGAAAUUAUUUACGAAACCGCUUUCUCAGAAUGAGAGAAAUGAAUAGAAAUAUAAUUGACGAAACGUACCAACAUGAAAUGUGUAACAAAAAACAUUAUCAUGGUGCGUUAAAAGAAAAAUGUUAUAAUGUAUCAUAUGUUUCUGAAAGAAAAUACUAA